AUGCCUGGCACAUCAAGGAUGCCGGUAAGUCUGCGAAAUACUCUGAAUGCCCAGAGAGGGGGAUCAAGCAGUCAAUUUCUUGCUUUUAAUAUUGAUCUGUUUCGAAAUCUAAUAUUUUUCCUCUUUGUCCUACGAUGGACGAGGAAAAGUUUCCUGAAGCUAAAGGGUCGUGGGAUACUUGGCACCGCUGCCGAUGCAUUAAUGGCUGUUCGUCGAUAUGCUUACGGCCUAUUUCUUCGAGCACCAGGUGUGCGAUCCCAAGUUAAAACUCAAGUCAAUGAGGCAAUCACAAAACUUCAAGCCAAACUUGUACCGUCAGGGCCCGGAAUCGUACGCCACUUGACCUUACCCAAAGAAGGAUGGUCUGAAGACUCAGUUAGUAAAGAAUUAGAGUCCCUUGCAUCAAUGGAGCACACCAGAUGGGAAGAUGGCCUAGUUUCAGGUGCGGUAUACCAUGGCGGAGACGCUUUAUUGAAGUUACAGACUGAGGCAUAUGGACUCUUCUCUGUGGCCAAUCCGAUACACCCUGAUGUUUUUCCUGGAGUUCGUAAAAUGGAGGCUGAAAUUGUAGCCAUGGUACUUGCAAUGUUCAAUGCACCUACUGGAGCUGCUGGAGCGAGUACAAGUGGUGGAACAGAGUCAAUCCUGAUGGCAUGUCUUAGUGCUAGACAGAAAGCAUAUGCAGAGAGGAAUGUGAGGGAGCCAGAGAUGAUCCUUCCGGAAACAGCUCACCCAGCAUUUCGCAAAGCUGGGUCAUAUUUUGGCAUAAAAACGCAUUUAGUCUCAUGUCCAGCACCCAGCUAUCAAGUUCAUGUUCCUUCAGUAAGCCGCCUUAUAAACAGCAACACGAUACUACUUGUCGGUUCUGCACCAAAUUUUCCCCAUGGAAUCAUGGACGAUAUCAGCGCAUUAUCAAAGCUUGCGAUUAAACGAAAGAUACUACUACAUGUAGACUGCUGCCUCGGCUCUUUUCUUGUACCUUUUCUGAAGAAAGCUGGAUUUGAGACAGAACCUUUUGACUUUAGCCUAAGGGGUGUUACAUCAAUUUCUUGCGAUAGCCACAAGUAUGGAUUUGCUCCGAAAGGAAACUCGACGGUUCUCUAUCGCUCUACCAGUUUAAGAACCUACCAGUAUUUUAUCUCACCUGACUGGUCGGGUGGUGUUUAUGCUUCUCCAUCUAUGGCUGGAUCCCGGCCCGGGGCCUUAAUAGCCGCAUGCUGGGCCUCCAUGAUGAACAUGGGCGAAGCAGGUUACAUUGAGUCCUGCUCCGAGAUCGUGGGCACUACGAAAAAACUUAUCUCUAGCAUACAAAGUAAUCCUGCACUUUGCUCUGAUCUCCAAGUUAUAGGAAAACCUUCCGUCUCUGUGGUAGCUUUCACAUCCAAGACCCUCAACAUAUAUGCCAUAGCUGAUGCAAUGAGCGAUAAAGGGUGGCAUUUGAAUAGCCUACAAUCACCACCAGCUGUUCACAUUGCGAUGACCUUGCCUACUUGUAAGGUUUGGGAAAAUUUUAUCAGGGAUCUCGAGACUGUACUCGAGGACGAACAGGAAAAGGACCGGGUGAGGAUAGUCGAAGGCAGGGGAGCUAAGAAUAUGCCAACUGGCGAUAGCGCCGCCCUCUACGGUGUCGCGGGUAGUCUGCCUAAUAAGGGUGUUGUUGUUGAGCUUGCUACGGGUUUCCUAGAUACUCUUUACAAAGCUUAA